CACCAGGCGCGCCCGGGAGGGCGGCCAUGGCGGGGUCGGGGCUGAGCGAGCGGGAGCGGGCGGGCUGCCGCGACCUGCUGGAGCUCCUGCACACCGAGGAGCUGCUGGCGCUCACCGACACCGUCACCAACCGCCUGGUGCACCCGGAGAGCCGCCAAGAGGCCAUUCAUGCUAUUCUGGUGUACAGCCAAAAUGUGGAAGAACUUCUGAGGCGCAGGAAAGUCUACAGAGAAAUCAUCUUUAAGUAUUUGGCGGCACAGGGAAUCACAGUGCCUCCUUCUUCAGAGAAACACCUCCUCAUCGAGCGUGUGAGGCAGCUCUGGAGCGGGCAGUUCACGGCACGAGCCUCAGAGCCAGGGCACAGAAAACCUCCUGCACAGAGUCACGGAAAUGGACAGAAGUCACCACAAGAUGACGUUGGUGGUCUAGGAGGAGAAUUCUGCCAGUGGUAUUUUGAACUCCUGAACUCUCAACACCCUUUGGGAGUAAAAUCUGAAGAGACAUGGGGACCACAGCAUUUUUGGGAGGAUGCCAAACUGAAGUUCUCUUACAACACUUUGGAAAAAAACAUAGAACAAUAUGUGGGUGCAGACAUGGUGAGCCUGCGCCUGCUGUCCUUGGUUAAAGAAGAAUGUCUCCUCUUCAACCCAAAUUUGCAUUCCAGUGGCCUGAAAUGUGCCAUGUCCCCUCAUGGAUUGGUGCUAGUGGCAGUGGCUGGCACAGUGCACAGAGACAAUGCUUGUUUGGGUGUCUUUGAGCAGAUCUUUGGGCUCAUCAGCUGCCCUGUGAGGAAUAACACCUGGAAAAUAAAACUGGUGAACCUUAAAAUAGUAGGACAGAAUGCUCUGGAGCCUGGGAUGCAAAUUGAAGAACCUUCCAUAAAGUAUGAGUUAAACCAACUGAGAGAGUUCUAUGAUGGGGAUGAGCUGACUGUGUUUGAACCUCAGAAAUUCUGAGCAUUUUGUCACGGCUGGGUGAGGGACUGGGCUGUUGCUGCCAUGCAGUUUCUCUUCUCUGAGUAAGAUUUGCUGAGUGGCAAGUGGAGAUACAGGGAAUUAGCACAGGUGAUGCUUGUGGGCACUUUCCAAGAGCUAACAAAUAUUUCAUGGGUAUUCCUUCAGGUGUUGCACUGUCAUUAGAGUGGAGUUUGGUUAUUCAUAUUACAUUUAAAUGUGGAAUGGCAGCAGUGUGUAAUGAGGCAUUCACAAACUGCACAUUCUCUUGAGGACACCAGUUGAAACUCUUACCUGAGCUGUAACAGGAAGUCUUUGCAUCUGGCUUUUGAAAUUUGGGACGGGUAAGUGUGUAAAUGGGCAUCUGAGUCCAAAGAAAACCAAUAGAAAACUCAAAACACUGAAUGGAGGCAGCUGCUGUGGGUGUUCUGAAUGUGAUUUAAUGGGACAGUGCAUGGAACUUGGCAUUGUUGAAGAUUUUUUUUUAACUUCUUUGCAUUAAUUGCUGUCCUUUUACCUUAUGGUUCCAGUUUUGUCAUGAGUACACACAAAUUUUUCUGUCUGCAUCCCCAAGCAGACAAGCUUGAGAUAGUUGCCCACUUCUAGGACUGACUGUCUGGGAUCAAGAACUUGAUUUCAAAACUUGCAGCAACACUGUAUGAACCAAAUGCUCUGAUAGUUAUUUUGUAUAUAAUGACAACAGAGUUCUUAAUAUAAUAGUUGUGAUUUUUGUAUGUUUUUUCAAAAUAAGUAUUUUGUUUACUCUGAGCUGCUUUAUUACAGGUACUGAAAGUCCAUUUGUUACCACUGGGUGGUUACAAUGAUAGGUCAUGCUAAGAAAAGUAUUCAGUUACAAUUAUUGCCAAUGAAAAACUUGAUUUUUUUCUUACUCUGUUUAUUUAUAGAGAAUUAGAGGUGAAAUGAGGUGAAAACUUCUUUAUCCCCAUCUUGUUUGGAUUGUUUGGGAGCUUUAUUUUAAUUUUCUGGCUUUACUGUUUAAAGUUUUGAAAACAUAAACAUUCCCUAUAACUUAGCAGAAGCAAAAGAACUGUUCCCAGAUUUUUCAUGGUAAAGUGUGGCUGAGUGACAGGGAACAAGAAGGUUCAGUUUUGCACAGAAUUGAUGUUUAUGAACAGUCUGAACCUUGCUUUCUCUUUAAAGUCAUUUCUUUUCAAAGCAAAAGUUCAGCUACUGUGUUGGGAUGUUCUUUCUCAAUAAACACCUGAGUUGUGGCUUCUCAUUUUUCUGUUGUUUAAAAUACAUACCCUUACUGAGAGUUAAAAAUUCGAUUUUGAAAUCAUUGACACAGGCAGAAUUUUUUAAGAGCAGGAAAAACAUUGACUGUGUGGUAAAUGUGAGAAGGUAAUUUUGGCUUAACCUUGACUUUAAGGGAAAAAUUAGGAUUUGUUUAAAUGGAGUUGAAAUUGUUUCUGGACUUGUUUAAACAGAGCUGGACAAGUUUCACAAAGCAGAAUUAUGUACAGGAGUGAUUUCAUCCCUCUUUUUAGAUGCUUCUGUUCAGAGCUGAAGUAAUUAAUUGUUGAUUUACUCUUGAAAGCACUGGACAUUUUAAUUGUAUUUAGGAGACUGAAAAAAAUUAAGUAAAAUUUAUUCAAAACUGUUAUAAUCCAUUUUCCUCUGUUUCCUAGCAUGACAAAAAAUUUAAUAACAGUUUCUUAUGUCUAUCACUACUACUGAAGCUGCAAUGCUAAAUUUGUGCUUUGUAGAUUUCUCUCUGGUAAAUAAUUUGACAAAACACAAAAUUGUUAUUUGUGGCAAAGCAUGUGGAACUUUCUGAAUGUUAAUCAUUCAGAAGUUGUGUUCCCUCUGUGCUUUCUUUGUAUGCUCCCCAUGAAAUGAAGUUUUUAAGUGUAUUUAGGAAUUUGUAAAAGAUGUCUUCAUCUGAUUAGACUUUACCAAUUUUUAUUCUGCUGUUUUUUUCCUGUUGUAAUUGUCUUUAUUAUGACAGGAAGUCUUUUAUGUUCCCUUGUCACAAGGUGCUUCUGCUUCUUUCUGCAUUGCUUGCUGGUUUUUUGCAAUCCAUUAUCUGUCUCAGUAGCUUGUUCUUUUUCCCCUAAGAGUUAGAUAAGGGUAAAUUCUGCAAGCUGAUAAAAUUCUGUAAAAGGAGAAAUACAGGCCUCCAGUAAAGAUACCAACAACCUUUUGCCUUUAGCUCAUGAAAUGUACUUCACUUUUCAAGGCAUUUUGAAGACUUACUGCAGCUUGAAAGUUUCUUUUCUUUUUCAGGGCACAAAGUAGAAAUCUGAGGUUAAAUGUGGGUGCAACUGCAGGAGUGAUGACAGUGCUGUGAGCAUCCCUGCUGCCUGCAGGAAAUCCAGAGGCUUGCUGGAGCCUCAGCAGCGACAGGAGUGGCCUCUGGGUGACAUCUGGUGGCAGAUUCAUCACUUUCCUGGAGCUGCUGUCCCCAAAAGACUGCAGAACAGGCUGCUUUAUCCCACUCCUUGCUGGCACCAAAAUGCCCUGAAAUUGCCUGGUUCCCCCUUGCCUUGAUCUAAAGGAAAGCUUAAAGGGAAUCCCUCACCAGAAUGAAAACUAAGAAACCUCCUAUCUUUCCAGGAUAAACUUAAAGAAAUGACAAAAAUACAACAUUCAUGUGGCGUGUUGCCAGGAGUAAUUGCCCUUACAGAAACUCUUUAGAGACUUGGGUUAGAACAAAGCAGAGAUUUUUGUGAAAGUGGUGUUUGUGCAGAGAGGCAUCUGUUGGAAGGAGCAAGGGAUGUGUAAUUGCUGCAAAGCCACCUUUUCUCUGCCCUCUGAGAGCAUAAAUUGCAAGGGAAAUAACAUCAUGUUGUACAUGCUGCCAUAAAUCACACAUUUUAUAACCAGUAAAAGCCUGAGCUGCUCAUCUGGAUGAGGUCUGGGUGCCUUGCCAGCAUUUUCCCACUUAAGAGUAUUGAAAGGAAAGGGGGAUUUUGAAUAACUUGACUGUGAUUUAACAAAACAGGCUCAUCUUUGAUAUCUGAGCUUUCUUCCUCCUCAGCUGCUGAAGUCUGUUGUCCCAAAUAAUGGACAGGAGCAGCUUUCAGGUAAGGAAUGCGUGAAUAAACUGGGGGUCUUCCACCAGGAGAGGCUGCAGCACCUCCUUUGCUGUAAGAAUCGUGGGAUUGAGUAAAAUUUGCAGGUGCCACAUCCAUACCUUGUUGGACUCUUCCAGGGCUGGAGAUUCCAUCAGCUUCCUGAGCAGCCUGUUCCAAUGCCUGACCACCCUUGCAGUGAGGAGAUUCUUGAUAAUAUCUAAUCUAAAUCUCCCCUGGCAUAAUUUGAGACAUUUCCUCUCUUCCUGUCUUGUUCCCUGGGAAAAGAGAAUGAUCCCUGACUUCACUACACUCUCUCUCAAGGUAGCCAUACAGAGUGAUAAUGUUCCCCUGAGCCUUCUGGCUAAACAACCCCAACAUCCAUCAGCUGGUCCACAUCAGACUUGUGCCCCAGACCCUUCCCCAGCUCUGUUCCCUCCUCUGGAUGCACCUCAGGCCCUCAGUGUCUUUCUUCUGUUUCAGAAGCCUGUAGAAAAUCAAGUGUCCUCUGAAGCAGCCUGGAUAACUCUUAAGUGUUCUGUUUGAAUACCAUAGUAUAAUUCCAAAACAGCAAUCCAAAUAUUUUGAUUUUUUCCUCUUGGCAAAUUGCAGAACCUCCCAAGCACAAGAUAAAACAUGUUCUUGAGUUCUGUCUUGACAAGCUCUCACUGCCCUUACUGAAAAGGUUAUUUUAGAUACCCCUGGUUGUCACUGGGUCAUUUGGGUUGUGUGGACUGAGGUCUCUCUGGCUGUGUCUGGGUUUUUUGUCCUAGGGUGAGCCCUUUACAGUGCCCUGGGUGCUUCUGCUGCAGGAAACGUUUUAGUGCCAGUAAGGAGGCUGCUUUUGAGGGAAAUGCUGUUUGCUGCCACACCCACAAUCGCUGUGAUCUGAUUCACACUUCAGAGUGUUCACCCUGGUGCUCCCCUGGGACAGGAUGGACCAGGGAGAUCCUGUGGCCAGGCUAUCCUGCUCUCUGUGAGGCACUCAGGCUGCAGGACCACCCUGGAGCUGGCUGGCAGCAAACCCCCAACACAUUUAGAGAUGUUGUGCUGGCAGCAUCUCAGCAACAGCUGUUUCAUGCUCCUGUUGCACAGCACUGUUUGCUAAUGUAAACACAGCUUAAGGGUGAUGAAAAUGGUAAUAUGGCCUUCUUAGGAUAAAAUUAAAUUAGUUUUCAUCCUAAUGUCUUCUUAAAAUGUGUGUAUAUAUAUGUACAUACAUAUUUUUAACAAGUCUUUCACUCAGUUUCUAGCAUUUCCUUUGCAGGAUUUAUAUUUCAAAUGGAGUAAUUGUCAGCUCCUCUUUAACAGCAAUAAGCAUAAGACAUCAUGUCAGUACUUGUUCAUCUAUUCCUUUUUCUCAGUUCAUUAGUGUUAUUUAUUGCCUGGCUGGAUUUUGAGUAUUAAUGAAUUCUUCUCAAAGUUUGCAUUUUUUAUUGAAAUAAAUCGAUCUGUUUAAUAUCUCUUCAGUAA